ACUCUACAGAACGCGAGCUCUAGCUCGCUCUUGCUGCGUAAACCUGUUUUACCAUUGGUUGUCCGACAAGACAAUGUAACGAAUUUACUUGCGAAGCAGAUAAAACGUACUGCUGACCGCUCAUUGGCUAUUAUUACGUGAUUGUAUAUUUCAACCAAUGAAUAAUGUCGAAAUUCAUUUAAAUUGCCACGUAAACGAGAACAAGGUGUAACAAAAAACAAAUUCUUUGUGACCUGUCAAACAGAUGACUGUUCAAUCGGUAUAUCCGCCUUGAAAUUAUUAUUUUAAAGUGAUACAAGUGAGGGGUCCCAAAAUGACGACCCAAGUACAAGCUCUAUAUGACUUCUCUGGGGAACCAAACACAACAGAGAUGUCAAUAACCUGCGGAGAAGUAUUAACAUUAAUUAAUACAGAAAUUGGUGAAGGCUGGUGGGAAGGAAGGAAUGCUAAAGGCGAGACAGGCUUAUUUCCAGCUGCAUAUGUCCGUAAACUAGAACCCAAUGAAUCAGUACAAACCAAAGCAGCUCCUGCAGCACCCAGGUAUGACCAAGCUAAUGAUGACUGGGGCGACCAACAGUUCAGUGCUGGUGAUAGUAACUUUCAAAGAGGCACCUCACAUGAGGAGGGCUGGGAUGAUGAUUGGGACGAUGAAACAUACUCCGAAAUAGGGCCAGUCCCUCAACAAAGUAAACCUCAGUACAACCAGCAGCUAGCCCCCUUACCAGGAAUGCCUAUUAGUGAUUAUAACCACCAGGCUGAAGACACAGCUUCCAACUAUGGAUCAUCUGUGGGAACGGUCAGAAAGAAUAAGUUUGCACCAUCGUCUAAAGUAAGUGGUGAGAGUUACCUACUUGCCACAUUAAAUGUAGAAGUACCAGAUUCUGAGAAAGUAUACAUAGUUCAAGAAGAAGACAGAUAUGAAUGGUGGCCUAUAACACAGCCAUACUCAGUCACUGUAGCCUCUCCAAAGAAGGAAUCCAAGUUUAAAGGUAUUAAAAGUUUUAUUGCUUAUCAGUUGACACCAUCUUUCAAUAACAUUCAAGUUUCUAGAAGGUACAAGCAUUUUGACUGGCUGCAUGAAAGAUUACAAGAAAAAUUUACUCUUAUUCCUAUCCCACCACUGCCUGACAAACAAAUCUCUGGCAGAUAUGAUGAACAACUAAUAGAACGUAGAAGAGUACAACUUCAAGAAUUUGUAGACUGGAUGUGCAGACACCCGGUGCUAUCAAAAUGUGAAGUGUGGCAACAUUUCCUCACUUGUACUGAUGAAAAAAGAUGGAAAGCUGGUAAACGUCAAGCUGAAAGGGAUGCCUUAUUAGGUCUUAAUUAUUGCAUAUCAAUAGUAGUACCUGAAAAAGCUUUAUUACAGUCACAAGUGGAUCACGUAACUGAGCAAUGCCAUAUGUUCAUCAGCAGUAUGGACACAUCUGUCAAGUCUGUCUCUAGCAUGUGUGUUGCACAUACCAAAAAGCUGCAAACCUCAUAUAAAGCUGACUGUCAGAAAGUAGGCGAAGCAUUCUGUAGUCUGGCUGCAUCACUAAGCUUAGAUGAAGGCUCCCUCGCAUCAACGUCGAAACUAACAACGGCAAUCAAAAUGACUGGCAGUGCGUACAUUGACAUAGGCCGAAUGUAUGAUGAUCAGCCAAAAUAUGAUUGGGAACCUCUGGGAGAUAAGUUUCAUUUAUACAAAGGUGUUGUUGGUGGUUUCCCUGAUGUGCUAGGUACCCACAAAAGUGCAGUGCAGAAGAAACGGGAAUGUGAGAGACUAACAGCAGAAAACAAGAUGGAAAUAGCCCAACUAAAUGAAGUACUGCGGAGAACCGACGUAAUAUCCUAUGCACUUCUUGCCGAAAUAAAUCACUUCAAAGCUGAAAGAACUAAAGACUUGAAUGCAACAAUGCAAAAAUUCUUGAGGCAGCAAGUAACUUUUUACAAAAGAGUUGUUGAGAAGUUAGAAACUACUCUGAAAUAUUAUGACGAAUAAGAAAAUGAUGAGCCAAGGAUUUGAUAACUAGCUUGUAACAUCACAGACCUCUUUUAUGAGAACCAUUGUUUUAUCUAUUGAGUGUUACAUAGUGCCAGGGUACACUUUAUACAGUUUGACAAUGCUUCUUGUUGUUGGUAUGAAAAAAUCGCGAAAAUAAGCCAGCUAUAUCGACAUAAUUGUAAUAAAUAAGAGUUUAGGCGCAUUUAUUUAUCAAUUCUGAUAAUAAUGUUUUGAAGUACUAAUACAUAAUAAUCAAAUAAAACUUGAGUAAUCACCCAAAAUAGGUACAUAAUUUUAUUAUGGAGAGGCUUCACAGCGGUCAGAGACACAAGUAUGUAGUUACACUCACCAUUGGAUAUUACAAUUAGAAACUAAGAAAAUAUAUAUUUAGCAGGCAAAGCAGGUGCUUAGCAAAAUAAAUGAAUAACAACAGUGCUGAAAUAUCUGGUUUACCAACAGAUGUAACUAACGGUGUGGGCCCUCCUUUCUAUUUCUUGUCUUAUCUAAAUUAUAAUGUUAUUUAAAAAUGGUAUUUAUUUUUCAUAAUCGAAAUUAAAUAAUAUGUAAUUGUGUAGGUAUUCAUGUAAUCCAAAGGAUUAAUAGGCAGUAUUUGUAUAAGGUUGCAUAGAGUGAAUUUACAUUGUGAUGAAAUUAAGGACUGAAUGAUACUGUAAAAAUGAUAAUAUGUGUAUCAUUGCUUAACUUUUACAAACUCAAAUUUUCUGUAUAUAUUUUUCGCACUCUUACAAUGUCUUCAUAAUACAAUGAUUUUUAAGUAUACAUACUUUUAUUUUAUGAAAUAUACUAACUGUGGAUCAAUUAUUUUGAGACAUUUUGUUGUAUGAUUAUUUAGAAUUAAGUGUUGUACUAUAUUCCACUUUUAUAAGCUACUUUAGGAAUUAAAAUAAAAUAAACAAUGUAAUUCGUU